AUGGUUCAAUUUUACUAUCACGACAAUAAGGAUACUCCAGAAAACUUUACUGAAGAUCAUAAUUCAGGAAUUGAGGCAACAGUUGAAGAAUUAAAGGCUCUUGGUGUAUAUUAUAAAUAUGUUGAAACUAUUGAAGAAUUGAAUGAAAUUGCCAAGGAAAGAAAUUAUAAGAAUAGAGAUGUUGUUAAAUUGAAUUUAGCAGCUUUUAAAAAUGAUCUUAAUGCUUAUAAUGCUAAGAUGGCUCAAUUUUAUAAAGAACAUUAUCAUGAAGAUGAAGAAAUUAGAUAUAUUGUAGAUGGUGAGGGAUACUUUGAUGUUAGAAAUAAAGGUGAUAAAUGGAUUAGAGCCAAGUUAUCACGUCAUGAUUUAUUAAUCUUACCUGCUGGUAUUUAUCAUAGAUUUACUUUAUCUAAUGAUUUAAAGGAAGUUGAAGCUAUUAGAUUAUUUAAAGAUGAACCAAAAUGGGAAGCUAUCAAUAGAGAUACCGGUAAGAAUACCGAAGCUCGUGAAUCAUAUGUUAAGGCUAUUACUGCUUAG